AUAAAAUGGACGAAGAUGUCGGUUUAGAGGCAACAAAUUAUUCUCGUGGAGACGAAUCCCGAUCGGAGGAACAGGAGAAAAAUGUCGUUCGAUGGCGUAUUGUACAACAAUCUACGGGACCCAAUCCGAAACCGAGACAUGGACAUCGAGCGGUUGUUUUAAAAGAAUUGAUUGUGAUUUUUGGAGGUGGAAACGAAGGAAUGAUAGAUGAACUUCAUGCGUACAAUACACAAAAGCGUGAAUGGACCGCACCGCAAUGUUGUGGAGAUGUUCCAACUCCAGCAGCAGCUUUUGGUGCUAUUUCCCUAGGCAAUAAGAUUUAUAGAUUCGGUGGAAUGACUGAAUACGGGAAGUACACCAAUGAUUUAUACGAACUACAGUCAACACGUUGGGAAUGGCGUCGAUUGAAUCCAAGAGUCCACUCAAACGGCCAUUUACCAUGCCCACGUAUUGGACAUAGCUUCGUCGUUUCUCAAAAAUCACAAAAAGCCUAUGUUUUUGGUGGUUUAUCGAAUGAUCUGAAUGAUCCCAAAAGAAAUGUUCCACACUACUUGGAUGAUCUAUAUGUUAUCAACCUUUCUGGACCUCAACAUUUAAUUUGGGAAAAACUGAACGCCACUGGACCCGGACCAAUUUCAAGAGAAUCACACACUGCAGUCAUUUACGAAAAGGAUUCAAUUUCUCGAAUGGUUGUAUAUGGCGGAAUGAAUGGUGUAAGACUCGGAGAUCUUUGGUACUUGAAUCUGAACACUCUCCAUUGGACUGAAAUAAAGUUUGAUGAUCCACGUACUGGCAUUCCUCCAAUGCCGAGAUCUCUUCAUAGUUCUGUAUUGAUUGGAGACAAAAUGUUUGUAUAUGGAGGAUGGGUUCCACUUCUUGAGCACGCAAGUACUGAGCAACAAACUGAGAAAGAGUGGAAGUGUACGAGCUCUCUCGGAUGUUGGAAUAUUACUGAAGACCGCUGGGUUCCACUUCAUCUCUACUGUUCCGAUGAAGAUACUAUUCCACGUGGUAGAGCUGGACACUGUGCUGCUGCAGUGGGAGAUCGUAUGUAUAUUUGGUCGGGCAGAGAUGGAUAUCGGAAGGCUUGGAGUAACCAAGUCUGUUGUCGUGACAUGUGGCUUCUGGAUACUAUUUUACCUGAACAACCAGGAAAAGUUCAACUUGGACGUGCAGGAUUCAAUUCUCUUGAGAUAUCAUGGCCAAUAGUUCAAGGAGCGUCAGGAUAUUUCUUACAAAUUGGAUUCGGAGAUGCUAAAGAGCAGUCUGUAUCGCCGAUUAAACGUGCCACAACAUCUCCUCGCAAGCAACCAUCCAUUGUUCCUCCAUCACAAAAAGAAACAGAACAGUCUCCAAAGAAACCACAAGGAACAGCCCCUUCGAUAAUCUCAACUCAGGGAACAACUUACACAGCACCGGCGGAUCCAAAACCAGCCACUGACGAAGGCGGAUUGCCACAAGAUUUAUUUGAAGACACUGAAAAGAAUGAGACUGCCUCUCCAAAAAGAUCAAAUGAUGCUCAGAGUGCAGACUCGAGUACGUGUGAGCAGAAAAAAACUGAUGAAUCUGGAUUGGAGGAAGACUCUGAAAAAGAUCAAAAACCUUCAGACGCUGGAGAAACAGAUGAGAUGAAAGAAGAGAAUGGUGAUGAUGAUUUGCCAUGGUUUGAUGUUGGAAUCAUAGAUAAAGCAACAAUCAACGUCACUCAUUACUUCAAUGAUCGACAGCAAUCCCUCGAAAAGCAACUGAAUGAUUUGAUUGAUCAUAAUGCCUUUAAAUGUGUCAACGAUUCUGUAUUCACUACUGAGGACAAAAUUCCACUGAUCAAUGGGCAAUCUUACCGAUUCCGUGUUUCAGCAAUCAAUGGCUUAGGAAAAGGAGCAUGGAGUGAGACUGCAUCGUGCAAGACAUGCGUCCCGGGAUAUCCAAGUGCUCCAUCAUCGAUUCGAAUUACCAAGUCACACGAAGGCGCACAACUCACCUGGGAGCCUCCAUCAAACACGAAUAUUUCUGGAAAGAUAAUUGAGUACAGCGUUUACUUGGCCGUUAAGAAUCAAUCUGCAAAUUCGGCUGAUAGUCAACUCGCUUUUAUGAGAGUUUACUGUGGACCGCAAGCUGACUGCCAGGUUCUACAAUCAAACCUGGGAACGGCUUUUGUUGAUCAGACCAACAAACCAGCUAUCAUUUUCCGAAUUGCUGCAAGAAAUGAAAAGGGAUAUGGCCCGGCUACUCAAGUUAGAUGGCUGCAGGAUCAGCAAAAAAUUCCAGUCAGAACAAAUUAUCCGAAUAACUCUGGAUUCAUCUACCAACAACACGGUGGUCAGCAAAAGAGAGCUCGUUUCGAUCAUCAGUAAACCAUGGGAUGGACUGAUCGUUUUCUUAUUUAUGAUUUUAAAUCUCAAUCAACAGAUACUCAUUAUAAUAUUGCUUACCGUUUAUGAUGUUUCUUCUUCCGCUUUCAUUACAAUGUAAUCCGCUUUGUGGUCAUCCUGAAAAUGGACAACUGGAACCAGAAAUUUCUUCACUUUUAUAUGCUUUUGAGUUGAACGGAUCAAAUCAUUCACUACCUUUUCCAACUUUGCCGCCUUAAAUAAUUGUCAUUUUUUGAAUAACUAUUCUCCGAAUUCCCUUAAAUCUUUUCUGUACUCUUACAAUUACUUUUUAUGUGUUGUUCACACCGCCACAUGGAACCAACGUGCACAACACAUAAUCAUUAUUUAUUCUUCAUUUAUCAUUCCUUCAAUGUUCUUGAUAAUACUCUUUAAAAAGCUGAAUAAAAUGCAUGGAGUG